AUGUCAACCAACAGUAUUAAGUUAUUAGCAGGCAACUCGCAUCCAGAGUUAGCGGAGUUAAUUUCAAAAAGAUUAGGUAUACCAUUAUCGAAGGUCGGUGUCUACCAAUACUCGAAUAAAGAAACAUCAGUAACAAUCGGUGAAAGUAUACGUGAUGAAGACGUUUAUAUUAUUCAAACUGGUAUUGGUGCUGAGGAAAUUAAUGACUUUUUGAUGGAACUAUUAAUAUUGAUCCACGCAUGUAAAGCUGCUUCUGCUAGAAGAAUAACGGCGGUUAUACCAAAUUUCCCUUAUGCUAGACAGGAUAGAAAGGACAAGUCUCGUGCACCGAUUACAGCCAAAUUAGUUGCAAAUCUUAUACAGACUGCUGGUUGUGAUCAUGUCAUCACAAUGGAUUUACAUGCUUCACAGAUUCAAGGGUUCUUCAAUAUCCCUGUUGAUAACUUAUACGCAGAACCAAGUACACUAAGUUAUAUGAAGAAAAAUAUUGACUUAGCCAGUGCUAUUCUCGUUUCACCUGAUGCAGGCGGUGCAAAGAGAGUUGCUUCAAUAGCUGAUAAACUAGACUUAAAUUUCGCACUAAUUCAUAAAGAAAGACAAAAGGCCAACGAAGUCUCCAGAAUGGUUUUAGUUGGUGAUGUUACUGAUAAGAUAUGUCUUUUGGUUGAUGAUAUGGCUGAUACUUGUGGUACUUUGGCCAAGGCUUGUGAUACCUUAUUGCAACAUGGUGCAAAAGAGGUUAUUUCUCUUGUUACACAUGGUAUAUUCUCAGGUGAUGCUGAAGCUAAGAUCGCCAACAGUAAAUUAUCAAGAAUAGUUUGUACCAAUACUGUUCCUGUUGAUUUAGACACCCCAAAGGUCGCUCAAAUCGAUAUCAGUCCAAUACUGGCGGAGGCAAUCAGAAGACUACAUAAUGGUGAAUCCGUUUCAUAUUUAUUUACUCAUGCGCCAGAAGCUUAA